CUGGCUUGACUGGCAAACUGGAGAUGCGGCCGGGCUCUCACUCUAUUGCCAAAAACAACAACCAUGUCAAAUUUGAUGUCCGUAAGGGCACCCACCCAUGAAGCCCUUUCGUCCAUCGUUUUCGCGCAUCCCCUACCCACCGCUUCACUCUUUCAGCGGGCACUCGUUCUUACGAAAAUCUGCAAACCGCAGAAUAUAAUAAUACUUUUGAAGGAAAGCAAGGAUGAAGGUUCAAUUCGCUACUGUCGCCGUUGCGGCCCUUGCUGGAAGUGCUGGUGCAACCGUCCACCACCGACACGCCCACGACAUCUUCCGCAGGAAUUAUGACAAUGCCACCUGCACGCCUGAGUGCACCACCUACUGGACCACCUGGUAUGGUGAAGCUACUCUGCACAACCCUUCUCCCCCUUCCGCCCCGGCCACCACCAGCAGCGUUGCGCCCGUGACCACUGCUGCUCCCCCAACUUCGACUAAGGUCAUUGCCGUGGUCCCUACGCCCGUUGCCCAAACUUGCUCAACCACGGGUGUGUACACCUUCCCGGCUACCACAAUUACUCUGAAUGAGACUACAACUGUGUGCGCCCCAUCCUCAACCAAGGUCCCCAGUGGUACGUACACUUUGGGUGGUGUUACUACAGUCGUUACAAACGCGACUACCAUUGUCUGCCCUUACCCCACUGUUUCUACCAGCGAGGGAGUUACGACUAGCGUUAUUGAGACGACCACCUACGUCUGCCCCUCGGCCGGCACUUACACCAUUGCCCCGACGACUACUACCGUAUACAACGAGACCACCGUAGUGGUGCCAGUUAUCUCUACCUACCCUCCCGGAACUUACACUCAGCCCGAAGUUGUGACGACCGUCACUGAGACUAACACCGUCAUCUACUGCCCCUUCGAUGAGCUUACUACGGCGGUUACAUCCUCGCCAGCUGAGGUCACCAGCUCCGCCCCCGCUGAGGUUCCCACCACUACCUCAGUCCCCGUGGAGGCCACCACCAGCUCCGCUGUUGUCUACCCUUCGUCGAGCGCUACCCAGAGCGCGACCUCAUCGGCAGCCAAGCCUUCCAGCACUCUGGGUGGCAGCGGCAAUGGACCAUGGGGUCUCACUUACACCCCGUACGACACCGCGGGCAGCUGCAAGUCUAAGUCGGAUGUUGACUCGGAUAUUGCUCUGAUCGCCGCUGCCGGUAUCACCACCAUCCGUGUUUACUCGACCGACUGUGACACCCUGCCUAACGUUGGUGACGCAUGCUCAAAGCACGGAGUCAAGAUGGUCCUCGGUAUCUUCAUCGACGCACCCCACUGCUCUGCCAACAACCCCACCGUCGCCGAGCAGAUCAGCGCCAUUAAGUCGUGGGCUCAGUACGACAUUGUCGAGCUCAUCGUCGUCGGUAACGAAGCUGUCUUCAACGGUUACUGCUCCGCCUCGGAACUUGCUAGCCUCAUCUCCGAGUGCCGAUCCGAGUUCUCUGGCUACUCCGGUCCCUUCACUACUGCCGACAUCGUCACCAUCUGGGAAGACUCCUCAGUCACCAGCGUCCUUUGCGACGUCAUUGAUGUCGUCGGAUGCAACUCCCACGCUUUCUUCAACACCGAGACGGUUGCCUCCCAGGCUGGCGAGUUCGUCAAGGGCCAGCUCGCGAUUGUCAACCAGGCCUGCCCCGGCAAGCCUGCAAAGGUCCUGGAGACUGGCUGGCCGUCGGCCGGAAACUGCAUGGGCAAGGCUUGCCCCGGUCUCGUCGAGCAGGCCAUCGCCGUCGCAUCCCUCGUCACCGAGGUCGGUGCUGAUUCCAUCCUGUUCAGCUACACUGACGACGCAUGGAAGGACGGUAGCACCGAGUGCGGCUGUGAGCAACACUGGGGUUGCGCCUCGGCCCUCGGCCUCUAAUUGUGCCAUGUCCGAAGUGACAAAUCUUGUACAUGAACAUGCGUCUUACCCUGCACUGCACUUUUGGAUAUAUACACCAACCUCCCUACGUGUUGCGCCAUGAGACGCGCCUGUGGGGAGGCCGAUAAGGAGAGCAAUCUAUUCAUAGCGCCUGGCGUGGGUUUCUUUCAACCAGGAUUAGGGUUCAUGCAGGGAGACGAACAAGCUCGCCCGCCAAAAUAAUACAAAAUACCACAGGCUGUGCACGACACGGGGUCUGGUUCAUAAUGUUAUAAUUUAUUAGUGUCUAUAAUAGAUUCCGGUGGUUUGUCCAACAUUCAUGUUCAACUUCUUAUCCCUUGCCUAGUUUGUGAUU